CUUUCAGCGAGUUCACUGUUUGCUAUUAGAGCAAGCAAGGAAGAUCGCUCUAGGAAGAACACUUGCGCUAUCACUGCUGUAAGCGGCAUUUAUAGGAGUGAGAUGGAUGUUAUUCCUAUGUGCAGCAUCUUUCAGGAGCUCCAGAUAGUACAUGACACCGGAUACUUUUCAGCUUUACCAUCUCUUGAGGAGUACUGGCAGCAGACAUGUCUGGAGUUGGAGCGGUACCUCCAGAGCGAGCCCUACGUCUCGGCCACAGACAUCAAGUUUGAGACGAGUCAAGAGGAUCUCUGGAGCAAACUGAUCCUGGCCUGCGGGGACAAGGCCGAGUCCGACCCAAAGAUCCACACUCACAUUAAGGAGGAGGACAAUCAAGAGGCCAACAGCUUUAACUCCGACGCCAGCAGUGAAGCGUCUGACAGCUCCGAGGAGCUCUCACCUCCCCUCGACUUCACCUCCAACCCACUGAGUGACAUUAUGGGAGAGGGAGAGGACCUGAGUUCCAUGGUUAUCAGCACUCCGCCAUCUUCUCCUGAGGUGAACAAGGAGGCCCCCUCCAUAUCCUCCCAGGUGUGGAGCGGUAUACAGACAGUGAUGCACUCGCCAGGGAAAAUACGGACAGGGGUGGAGAGGGGAAGCUUAGCCAAUGGGGAGGCUUCUCCAGACGGAAGGAGGCGGGUCCACAGGUGUCAUUUCAACGGAUGCCGAAAGGUUUACACGAAAAGUUCCCACUUGAAAGCACACCAGCGUACACAUACAGGUGAGAAGCCUUACAGGUGCUCAUGGGAAGGCUGCGAGUGGCGUUUUGCACGGAGUGAUGAGCUAACCAGACACUUCAGGAAGCACACUGGGGCAAAGCCAUUUAAAUGCAGUCACUGUGACAGGUGUUUCUCUCGCUCGGACCAUUUGGCGCUUCACAUGAAGAGACACAUCUAAGCGGUGGGCCCCGGGGCAGAGGAGAGCAGAGCGGUGUUGAGCGAUGGUCCUGACUGUCUCCUAACCUGUCUGUGGGAGGCUGCAGUGCCCUGAGAGGGGAGGAAGGCUAGCGAGGGGAGCGUGCUCCAGUGAAAAGCAUGCAGGCCAUUUUUGCACCAUACUUAGUGCCUCCAAGACCUCUCAGAGGAAAGAGCUCUGAAAGGUCGACACAUUCUGAAAAAUAUCACGAAAACCACCAUGGAUGAAGGAGAAUUAAGAAAUUCACUAGAGAGAGGAGAAAGAAAAUAUCUGAGAGGACAAGAAAGAACGUUUUUUUCUCUGUAUGGUGUCUGAUGCUUUGCGGAGUUAGUUCCUGGUUUGAAAAUAUGCAGUGGUACUACUCCAAUAAAUGUGUGUUGUUUUCUGUGAGCAUGUGGACUGACUGACUGUGAGCCUGCUGUCAGACUGCCUGUAACUGGGUGCCUGUCUUAGAAUGCCUGUAACUGGGUGCCUGUCUUAGAAUGCCUGUAACUGGGUGCCUGUCUUAGAAUGCCUGUAACUGGGUGCCUGUCUUAGAAUGCCUGUAACUGGGUGCCUGCCCUGUGGAUGUACGACUCCUGAGUAGAUGGCUUGUGUUGUGACCUGAAUGGCAUUGAGGGGAUGAUGAGUUUUUGACUGAGGUUUUAUUGUCUCGUGGUCAUGAAUGAAUGCAAGCAAAGGAGUUGUUGUGCUCUUGUGUGGAGCGCUGGUUGAGUCUAGGCUGGGUUUGGCAGUGUGUGUGCGUCUCAGCCGUCAGUUUUGAGGUUUGAGAGAGAGCACCACCAUCCGAACUGAGGUGGUACAUGCUCCUAAACGAGGUUUGGGGAGGGGAGGGGGGUUGAUGUUUGGUGCAGCUAUUAAAUGUGCAAUGUAUUAAGUAGCUUGUCUCAAAGUACAUGCUACAAAGCUAAUUUGUUGUCCAUUGUGUAAGCUCAGUAUCUAAAGGCUGUACACAACAUUGAUAUAUCAUUAUACCAGAAGUUGCAUGAUCUUGGGUUUGUUUGUCACUCGAUUAGGCCUACUUAUAACACAGGCAAAUCCCAAUAAUGAGCAGCUAUGCAUCCAUUUUACUCCGUAGAUACCACAGUAUUGUACAGAAACAUAAAGCAGUGAUGUAUUUGUUUCCUUCUUUUCUUUUCUAUGUUUGGAGAUACCACUAUUGCUUGGCAACUGUGUUGAUCAUGGGAUAGUUUUAUUUAUAUUCAGUUUAAUAACUAAUUUCUUUAUUUUUGUCCUCUUGCUCUUCUCUUUUUCUAUAUCUGUAGAUACACUGUGACCUUAAUGAUGCCUUAUGUAAGUGGCCUUGUCCAGAUAAAUAGAUCACUCACGG